AGAGAGAGAGAGAGAGAGAGAGGUUCCCACCGCCCAACAAAUGUGUGGAGGGAGGAGGAUGAGAGAGAGCUGGGUGAUGAUGAUGAUUGGACUCCAACUCAUCUAGACUCCAGCCCUCUCAUCUGAACUUCAGACACACGCAGCCUGUUUCUACUCCGUCUGAAGAUGGACUCUCGGCUCCACAUCGGACCGCUCGUCCCGACACCGGACCCGACUGCCCGGUCACCCUGGAAUAUCAGCUCCAUCAACCGGCUCACGGAGGUGUCUCCAGCCGCUCCAGCUGGUGCCAUUCUACCUGGUCAUCCCUUUCCAACUGUGAAUGUCCCGGAUCACGCUCACUACACCAUCGGAGUUGUCAUCCUGGCUGUGGGAAUCACAGGAAUGCUGGGAAACUUCCUGGUCAUUUAUGCUUUCAGCAGAAGCCGGAGCCUUCGGACACCUUCGAACGUCUUUAUCAUUAAUCUGGCAGUGACAGACUUCCUCAUGUGUCUCACACAGACGCCCAUCUUCUUCAUCACCAGCAUGCACAAACAGUGGAUAUUUGGAAAGAAAGGUUGUGAGCUGUACGCCUUCUGUGGAGCCUUGUUUGGUAUCUGCAGCAUGAUGACACUGAUGGUGAUAGCAGUGGACCGAUACGUGGUCAUCACCAGGCCUCUGGCCUCUCUCGGGGCGAUGUCUCAUAAAAAAGCUUUUGGCUUUGUGGCCGUUGCCUGGAUCUACUCCAUGGGCUGGAGCCUGCCGCCCUUCUUUGGUUGGAGUGCCUACGUCCCAGAGGGUCUGAUGACAUCUUGUUCUUGGGAUUACAUGACGUUCACCCCUUCAGUCCGCUCCUACACCAUGCUGCUUUUUACCUUUGUUUUCUUUAUUCCUCUCUUCAUCAUCAUCUUCUGCUACUGCCGCAUCUUCAGAGCCAUUCGACACACAACGCGAGCAAUCUCAAAGAUCAACAGUCAUGGGACCAGGGACUCUGCAAAGAAGUUCCAUAAAUUGAGAAGUGAAUGGAAAAUGGCUAAAAUCGCAUUCAUUGUCAUCUUGCUGUUUGUCAUCUCCUGGGCGCCGUACUCCUGUGCAGCCCUCACUGCGUUUUCAGGGUAUGCACACUUGCUGACUCCCUACAUGAAUUCUGUCCCUGCUGUGAUUGCCAAAGCAUCAGCUAUUCACAACCCCAUCAUAUACGCCAUAACUCAUCCCAAAUACAGGUCAGCAAUCAACAGAUACGUUCCAUAUCUGGGCGUCCUGCUGUGCUUCACUGGCAGAGACCGUUACAGAAGCAGCAGCCUCCAGUCCACACGCCGAUCAACCCUGACAAGCCAGUCAGAGUGCAGAGGCAAACACCACAACUCCUCCCAGUCCGAGAGCGAAUCAGCACACUUCUCAGACACAGAGGAGGAUGGUUCCGCUCGAACACCUGCGAGUCGCCACUUAUCUGUUAAUGUCACACAGGUGCGCCAGGCCAGCCUGAGGUCCAAGACCCUGAUGGAGCCUGAAGACAUCUGCAUGUUGGACAUCAGCCGGCAGCUGACCGGUCAUCUACCUGCUGCUCUGGACACUGUGAUGAAGGAGUCUGGGACAAGGUUGUCGUCCAAGACCUCACCUUCUAUCAUCGUCACCUCCAUAUCCACCCCAUCCAUCCUGCACAGCCCUCCUGGUUUCCAUGGCAGCCUCAAAGUGGCCAAAACGUGCACACCAGUUUCUAAAGAGCUGCUCGACAUCGCCAGGCUGGAGACUUCAGCUCUGCCGUGAAGAGCUGGAGAAAAGCUCAGCUCGGUGUCACUGUGUGUGUCAGUAUGUGUGCUUCCCUUCAUGGGAAUAAUCUGUGCCAGCAUGAUGAAUGAUAGUGACGGUGAGCCACCUCAUUGUUUGAUUUCUGUUGCAUGCAAUUUAAACGUGUGUGAGCGUGGAUGCCCAGCAAUUAUUGGUCUGUGCGUGUGUUUUUUUUUCUGGUGUGUCUAAAGAUAAUUUACCUCAAAGAUGAACGCAACAAAUCAGCCAUUGUGUUGAGGAUUGUGUUACAGAGCCACAGCAUUUUAUCAUUUCAGAUUAAUUUAUUGCUGCAUAGAAGCUGAAUAGUCACUGUUAAAAGCCUCUUCUUUUUCAUUUAUGGGGCAAUGUUGGUGACUGGAGACUUGAAUAUUUUGAGAUAACAUGCACAUUUCUAACCUGCAUGCAGGUUCUGCAUAAAUAGAAACAUAUUUAACUAGGAUGCAAGUAGGCUGUAAGUUCAAAUAUGAAAUUUUAUAACAGAUAUUUAGGUUCCAGUCAAACUUCGGCUUUUGCUUAGAUUCAUAUUUUUAAGAAUUUACAAAAGUAGGUUUUCUAAGAAUAUACUUUAGAUACGACAGGUGUAAAGCAAUUGUAAUCAGCACAAACGACGAAAAGUAAAAGUUCUCUGUUCAGGACCUAAUUACAUAAAACACCUUUAGAGCUCACGUUAAGGUUUAAAAGACAUGAAUGGAUCAACAUUGCUUCACUCUUUCCUAAAAGCCACUUCAGGCACUUUUUAGUCUGUUUUGCACAUAACACAAAAAAAGGAAGAAGAAUCUCUGCUGCUUUUUAAUAAUUUUUUUCUAGUCCUUUAUCCAUUUCUGUGGAGUCUGUUGAAACGCUGGACGGAUUAAAAGUUCACCAAAAUGAGACUGCUAAAUGAAAUGAUCUUAAACAUCUUUUCUGCCAUUUAAAGUAUAAAACUCACAAAUAUUUGUUUUUAUUCAUCCAUCCAUAAAACCUGAAAUAUAGGAAUCAUUUAUCUUUUGUUUUCGUUUUUUGCAAAGGUACAGAUUUCAAGUGAUCGAGUAAAAUAAAUCCAUUUAUUAACAUUCAACUGAAAUAACCAGAAGAAGUUUAUCACUCGUUACAGUAAUUUUGCUGUUUAGUGAUCAACUCACCAUUCAUACCGUAGCACACAAACAGAACAAAGGAUUUUAUCCCUCGGGCUCUUUGUGUUCCUAAGAACAUUUUUUACCACAGAUCAGAUUCUCUGGGACCCAGACGUUGUCUUGAGUGGUAGAACACCCAGGAAUCCUGUGUGUGAUUGUGUGUGUGUGUGUGUGUGUGUGUGUGUGUGUGUGUGUGUGUGUGUGUGUGUGUGUGUGUGUGUGUGUGUGUGUGUGUGUGUGUGUGUGUGCGUGUGCGUGUGCGUGAGUGUGUGUGUGUGUGUGUACAUGGAAACAGACUCAGUACUGUGUGUUUUCCAUUCUUCCUGAGGCCAAGCUCUGUGUUAUAUAACAGUAACGUUUGCCUAAUUUGGUUGCUUUAAUAAUCAGCUCAGACGCCUAUUUCCAAAGCUCUUCAUCUCUACCUCUGUGUUUGCGAUUCCUCUGACUGCUGCAUCGUUGACUAUGAUUGUUUCGUAAUUGUUCUUUUGGCACCCAAAAUACAAUCAGACACUUUGUUGUCCUCAUUAAAUGAUUAAUAAAAUUAUUUCUUUCAUGUCUGUAUUGUAUUGGUAAAUGUAUUAAAUUAUUUGUAUUCAGAACAUAAUUGGUGGAUUUUUGAUUAAAUAUAUGUAUUAUAAAUGUAUAAAAUGCUGCUUCACUGAAAUGAUGGUUUCAUGUGGAUUUUGAUUUCUUUGUACAAAAAGUUUUGUGUUUUUAUUUAUUUUUCUACAUAAAAGCAUGAUAUUCACUGAUUGUUGUCAUCAUGUUUUGCUUUCCUUUCUAAUCAAAAAAAUGUUUUGAACCUUUUUCCUGUUUUUUCCUGAACGUUGAUUUCUGUGAGUUCACUUGUCUUUUAAGAGAUAUAAACACAUCACGCCACAUGAUGGCGCUGAAAUUAAGGCCCGAUGUUGUGGCAUUUGAAAAGCCACAGGCAAAAUACCGUCAGUCAUAAUUUAAUAAUGAUGAUAUGAAGUGAAAUAGAGUUCUUGUUUUGGUUUGUGCCAUUGGUUGUCUGCAGAAACAUAUAUUAAGGUCCGUGAUGGCAUUAUUGCAUGAACCUAUUGCUACCACACAACCUUUAUUUAUAAUGCUCCUUAAAUUGGGACAGCAGGUUCGCACAAAGUGCUGUAGCUACAUUAAAGUAACAGUGAGCAACCCUACUAGUUGAAAGUGGAAUUACAAACAACAAUGCUGCAGUCUGCUGUAGCUAGCACUAACAAUGAGCUAACACUAACAUGAGCCAAUGAAUUAACACGAAAAUAAACCACUAUGCAAUGGAUAAGCUAACUCCAAAGUACUCUCUAAAAAAUAUUGGGCUGAGAAAACAACCCAAAGUUUUUUAGUGUGUACACUCUUAAGAAGGGCUAGGAUGCUCCAGCACUUAUCUGGGCUAUUCGGGCCAAACAGCGUGAUCUCAGACUUUUUAUUAUUGAGGUUGAAGAAGUGUCGCACCAUCUAAGACCUGAUGUCAACAACACAAUCCAACAGAGACUGAAAAAAGGGAACAACGCAGUAAUUGGUAGGAACAUGGAGCUGGCAGUCAUCCACACAGAAAUUGAGGGGAAUGCCAUGCUUGCAACUGACAUUACCUGAGAGUAACAAUCUGAGAAUAGGACCUUGUGGAACCCCCCCAAGGUAGAGGAGCACAAAUCGAGCUAGAAUCACCAAUGUUAACACAAAGAGUCCUAUUAGCGCUUCUCUAGACACCCAAAGACACUUUCACACACUCUCACAUUCAUACACUGCUAGUGAUGGUAAGCUACUUGUAGCCACAGCCGUCCUGGGGAGGUCUGACAGAGGCGAGGCUGCCAUUUGGCGCCGUCGGCCCCUCUGACCACUACUAACACAGGCAAGUUGGGUGAAGUAUCUUGCCCAAGGACACAACAGCAGGAUACCCCUGGCGGGAGCUGGAAUUGACCCCAUGACCCUCCGGUCAUGAGGCAACCCGCUCUACCACCUGAGCUACUGCUGCCCCAAAUAGGAUGUAAAACACAAAAGGGUAGGGCCUGAAACUCCCACCCGCUGCUCCAGCCUGGAGAUUAGAAC